CGUUAGUUUAGCACCACCAAACAAAAUCUCUUCAGAUAGUCUCUCUCUCUCUCUCUCUCUCGAUCACUGUCUCUUCUUCUCCUACUAACUAGUAAUCUUUCUCCAUCAGUCUCUUCAACAAUGCCAUCUACUGAUUCAGACUUCGAUCUCAGAACAUCAACUGCCUCUGCUUUUUCAGUCGGAGAUUAUGCAUUUGCUGAUGCAAGCAACCUCGAGCAUUGUGCUAAGUACUUGAAUCAGACUCUUGUUACGUUUGGAUUCCCUGCUUCCCUCGACCUCUUUGCCACUGAUCCGGUUUCAAUUGCAAGGACCUGCAAUUGCAUUUACUCUUUGCUUCAACAGAGACAACGUGACAUUGAGUUUAGAGAGUCUGCUAAUGACCAAAGACAAAGACUACUAUCAGAUAUAUCCAGAUUGGAAGCAAAAGUAGAGAGGCUUGAGUCGCACUUACAAGCCAAAGAUAGGGAGAUAGCGACGAUAACGAGAACGGAAGCUAAAGCUAUAGCGGCUUUUAAGGCACAGAUUGAAAAGCUUCAACAGGAACGAGAUGAAUUUCAGAGAAUGGUCAUUGGUAAUCAGCAAGUGAGAACUCAGCAAGUACAUGAAAUGAAGAAAAAAGAAAAGGAGUACAUAAAGCUACAGGAGAGGCUAAAUCAAGUAUUGAUGGAGAAAAAGAAGGAAUCAAAAUCAGGCAUGGAGAUAAUGAAUUUGCUUCAGAAAGAAGGAAGGCAACGUGGGACAUGGAAUGGGAAGAAGGCUGAUAAUGAUUUCUAUAAGAAAAUAGUUGAUGCGUAUGAAGCUAAGAAUCAAGAAUUGAUGACAGAGAAUGCUGAUUUAAGGGCACUGUUGCGGUCAAUGCAGGUUGAUAUGCGCGAUUUCUUUAAUGCUCCAAAUGGUUCGGCCAAGCAAUCUUUGGCUGUUAAUGAAAGACCUGAAGCUGACCCAUCGCAAUCCCCCCUGGGUGGAAGGACGGAUGUUUUUGACCUGCCUUUUCACAUGGCUAGAGAUCAAAUUGAAGAAAGUCUUCGAACUAAAAUGACUUCCAUAAAGGAACGCUUGGUUCAAUUACAAGAUGCUCACAAAGGAGCAGAACUCACAUCAGAAGCAACUGAGAGAGAGCUUGAACUUGAAGCUCAGCUGGUUGAGGCUAGGAGCAUAAUCCAGGAGCAGGCAUCCCUAAUGUCUAAACAUCUUGCAAAAUCUGAGAGGCCGAGGGAAUCUAUUAUGUCAUCACCAUCUGAGGGAGUAUGAUGUCUCUAAGCUUGAUGUGGUGUCUACACUGAUCAUUGAGGUCUUAAUGGAGUUGGCUAUUGACAAGAAAGGAACAUAAGCCUUUAGUAGUACAAUAUUCCCUCUUAACCAGAUAAGUUCUGUCUUUGUUGUAAUACCUUUGAAAACAUAGUUUGUAACUUGUCAGCUUUAGUGCUAAUGUAAUGUAAUGUAAUGUAAUGUAAAGUAAAGUAAAAACUAACUAAGCUUGUCUUUAAUUCCAUGUAAUCAAAAUUUAUUUCAUCCUGACUCA